UCAGAGCACCGGCAGAGAUCUCACGGCGGCGGCGACCAAACAGACUGCUCACCUGCUCACCUGCUGGUCGAAGUGAAGUAAGUAACUCCUCGUCUGUGACCGCGACAGGUAGAAGCGUUGAGGUGGAGAAGAGCACGAGGGAAUAGCUCGCGCUCAUGUUUGACUUCCGGUGUGCGCGAGCGAGCUAACGAGACGGAAACGCGCACCGGAUUCUUCGCCCAGGUAAAAGGUCCUCUAGCUAACGGCUAAUGCGCAGCAGAGGAAGAGUCUUCUUCUUAGUGAUGGUGAGAUGAAGCCUCACGAGGCAUCGAACCACUUCAGCCGAUUGGGUCGAGAAAGGGUUCAUUUCUCGAAGCUUCAUGUGCUCACGACACCCCCUAGUGGCCAAGUGUAUAAUCACAGGCAGCUGUAUCUGAACCACAUCAUGUGAUGCAUUGAAUGUGUGUGUGUCUGUUAUGGCUGUUGGGAAUGACUGAAUUACAAAAAUGUAUGACCAAAUCAUUUCUGUACAUAAAUUAUCACAUAUGUGCAUAAUAAAAUAUUUUUAAAAUGUAUUCUGUGUGUGUAAAUGUUCCCAAAAUGGGAGUAUCAUAUGAUACGGCAGGUUGUGUAAUAGUGUUAUUAUGUCACUUUAGGAAAAUGGCAUGGGCUUAAGCAGGCAGAGGACAGUGAACGUGUGUGUGUGUAACUAGGAAGAGGGGACUGAAUAUGCGUGUGUAACUUGGACUGUGAUGUACAGGACAGGGGACUUUUUAUUCAGAAAUAACAGUUUCUCAACAGUUCCAUCUUAUCACCUCUCCUUCUCUCCUCUCUCUCUAAACUCUCCAAACUCUCAACCAACAACCCACAUGUUGAAUGGAGCCUGAGGGGUUUAUAUUGCUGUCAAACCUCCCGGCAAAAUCUGAACCGCUUCCCGAAGCAGUCACGUGGUACAGCCGGGCAGCGAGGCUUCGGACGUCAUCAUCUUUGGCUCCUCCCCUAAAUGAAGCGAGCCUCCAUACGCGCUUCGAGGACACGCCCCCUCCAUGAAUCGACACGCGCUUCGAAGCGUCGGCACAUCUCGUAACAACACUAAUGAAUACUAAUUAAUGAUAAAUAAAGACGUAUAUUUAAUAUUAAUAAUAAUACAGGCUCUAAAACAACACUGCUGAACUUUUGCCUUUUAUUACUUAUUUAUAAUACUUGUUUAUUUUGUACUAACCAUGUCACUUGUAUGCAAAUAUGUAGCUAUAGCUAACCUAACAGUCAACGCCAAUUUUAUCUUAAAUUAUCCUUAAAUAUGACCGUCAUGUCUGUUAUUCGACACGCCUGACUGAACAUGUGUAUUUGUUGCUGCCAGCUGCAUGUCACCUGUGUCCCACCUGUCAUCGCUGUUUAUACUUUAGAAUGAGUUAGGAACAAGUGAUUUUCACGAUGCAUUACUUAGAUAGAUAGAUAGAUAGAUAUGUACUUUAUUAAUCCCCAAGGGGAAAUUUGUCGUAACAGUAGCAGCACCAAUAAACUAAACACACAAGAAUAAAAAAUAAUAAAAUAUAAAAAACAGAGAUGAAAGAUAAAGAUGUAUACAAAGUAAAAUAUAAAAUAAAAUAUAUAUGUAUAUAUACAACAUAUAUGCAUACACAAUACAAUACAAAUGACAAAUUAAAUUAAAUAUAAAAAUAUUAAAUAUAGACUGUAUGUGUGUGUGUAGUGUAAAUAAAUUACUUGCAUCGUCCUGUAAUAUUCCCACUCAAAAGACUCCCAUGAGGAGUGGUGGUUGUUCAUGUCUUUGUUCAGACUUGACCUUGGCUCUCAUUGGCUGACCUGCACACACACACCUGCACACACAUCUGCACCCACCUCUCACACACACACACACAGGAUGCUAACAUUGUUUUUGCGUGUGUUUGUUUGGGAGAUGGCGGCGCGUGCUUGUGGCUUCAUCGUGUUUCGGCGUUGCGCCCCACCCCCAGACGCCAUCGAGUACCUCCUCUUGCAGACCUCUUACGGGGAGCACCACUGGACCCCACCCAAAGGUCACGUGGACCCAGGUGAGGAUGACCUCACCACAGCUCUGAGAGAAACCAAGGAGGAGGCGGGGCUGGGGGCGGAGCAAUUGCAGGUGGUCGACGGCUUUGAGCGGGAGCUGCGCUACGAGGUGCGAGGCAAAACCAAAGAGGUUCUGUACUGGCUGGCCGAGCUGAGGGACCCGGGCGCGGCGGUGACGCUGUCCCACGAGCACCAGGACCACCGCUGGGCCCGGCUGGAGGAGGCCUGCAGCCUGGCCCGGCACCAAGACAUGCAGGACACGCUGAGAGCCGCACACGCACACCUGGAGGUCCGCCAGGACACGGACCGGUGAACCAGGAGGAGAGAGAAGCGGUAGAGAUGGACGCUCACUCCGUGGAGCGGCCUAAACCUGAAGAGAAUCUUUCCAUGCAGGUCUUAAUCCAUCUGUAGUAGAAUUAUAUUCAUUGAAAAUAAAUACUUUUUUUGUUGGUGAACUUGGA